CUUCCUUCACUCAUUAUUCCCAUUAUUCAUCAAAAAACAUCAUCGCUCUUCUUUCUCUUCCACACACACACUCGCUCUCCCUCUAUUACUUCUCCAACCUGCAUCGAAAAACAAUAACAAAUCAACUUUCCACCAAUUCCACCACAGAACCAAGGAAAUCCAGUCCUUCCUUACUCGAUAAUAUACUAAACGAACUUUACAAACAAACUACGUCUCUCUAGUACAGAAUACUCUUACUGACACACAAGAACCAUCCAAAUGAAAGCUUAGCCUUGCUUAUAUGUCGACACCAAAAGUUAUAUCAUCGACACGCAACCCCACAAUUCGCGCAAACUGACUUACCGCAUACAUACAAACAUACAUACAUACAUUUACAUAUGAGACUCGAACUUUCAAUCUCAACUCACACUGCUCAACAACAUUGUUUCCAUUCGGCGCAAACCUGCGCGGUGGCGCCAGUGAUCUUUGGGUGUGCACGAUAUGUCUGCCUUUGUCCGAGUUUCCGGUCCUCCCAACAGUAAUUUUUUAGUUGGAUAUCCGGGUAUUUCUGCUACGCUUGUAGGUGAUUUUUAUUUUCUCUUUGGGGUUUGAUCAUCUGUUUUGCGAUUGUGAGUUCCAUGAGGAUUUGGGAUUAAUUCGGGGAUUAUAGCCUAGGGUAGAGGGUAAAGUAGAGAUUCGACCCCUCACUGGAAUUUCUGCGCCGAUAGCGAUAUCAUUGGUCCGAAUAUGUUUACAGCGAAGGGAAACGAUACAUCCAUCCGCGGAAUCGAUAGCUAAGAAACAUUUGGGGACACCUCGAAGAGAAACGACCGAUGUGGUUGGGAAGGAGUUGCUCUUGUUUCGAUGUACAGCAGGCAAGGAAAGCGAAAGUGUGGUUUUGAUGGAUCUACCUUUCGUUUUAUUCAUACCAUUUGGAAGAGGAGGACAGGAAUCAAAUCGAAGGAUCCCACCGGCCAGUCUGCAAUUACCUAGUCGCACAGCGGAAACUUAUUAUGAAUUGGUGGUUACCGUUCAACAGGGCCAAGAACAAAAAAAAUUCGCAUUUCCAGUUCCGUUGCAAAGAUAUGACACUAUUUCAACAUUUGGCAUGUACAAGAAGCCGGAAUCAGCAGAGAAUAAUUCGGAUCAUCUUGUUACUUUGAGAAUUUCACUACCUCGGUGGUCAUUUGGUCCCUCGGAUCCUGUUGAUGUUUUUAUCACAUUAUUACCCAAUCCUAUAUGGUUAAAAAAGGCUACCAAAGUAGUCAUACAAAAGAUUACAAUUGGGAUAGAAGAAGAAAUCACAUAUAAUCCUGAAGGUGAUGAACCUACGAAGAAGAUCAAUCGGAUAGCAAAACAAACUGCGACGGUGGGAACGAGAUUACCAGAGGCGGGAUACUUCACAGCCCUUGGUUUAAUAUAUCCAUCGAAGGAUUUAAGGGAUUCGGAGGGAAUAAUUAGGAGAGGAAAGGCGGCUUUUCCAAUGCAUUUUGUUAAUUCUUUUACGACGACAGCAACUCUAUAUAAGAUUGAAUUCUUUCUUGUUAUAAAGGUAUAUAUGUUUCUUCUUUUUAUUUCUUGCUUGCGAACUUUACCAAUACUCCUUUUCACUGAUUCUAUUCACAUUCUUAAAGCAGAGCUGACAUAGCCUAAAGGUUCAUCUAUCCGGCGCUCGAGAUAUCACUCAUCGUCAACCAAUAAUAGUAUGUCCUUUAAAUGGAAAAGAAUGCGAAGAGGAGAUGGGAGCAAUCGAACAAGCGGCAAGAGAUGCAUCACGUAUCGAUCCUGUGAACCCAAUGUUACCUGCUUGUACGAUUAUUAAGGCGAGGGAUGCAAGUGCUUUAAGAGCACUAGGGUGGACAAUGGUUGGAGGUUCGAGAAAAAUGGUUAUUGAAUGAAAGGGUGUCGGAUGAAUGAAAAUAUGAAUUCCCAAGAAGAUUUUAUUGGGUGAUCACGAGGUUGGAGUGAUUUGGAUUGAGAGGGUCCUUGAUUCGACUCAAAAGUGAUGCCGCGGGAUAGUUGGACCGAGGAUUACUAUGAGGGGAGAACAAAUACGAUAACUCGCGAAAUCGAUCGAUGAAAGCGAAAUUCGAAACGAUGUCCUCGCCAUACAUAUCACGAUAGGAUGGAACAUAGCGACAAUGUUCAUGAAAGACGAUUAAUAUCACAUCACGAUACCUCGUAUGAGCAAGGAGAGUAAUGUUACAGAUUAAUGAUUGAAAGUGGAUUGACAUGAAAUUUUACCUCGAGCGUAUAUGCUCGUUUGGGUAGAUGGUAGGGAAGCAAGUAGCAAUGGAAUGGAAUAUAAACCAGGAGAGAAACGAACAUGAAUAUGAGAUUAGUUUGAAAGAAUGAAAGGAAGGAAAAGGAUGGAAUUGAUUGAGUCGAAUUGGGGUUGAUUAUAGGUACAUGAUAUUGAAUGAAUUUCAAGGCAUAACGAUUUGUUGCAUUUUCUGGUAGUUGGGUUGGGAUUUAAGGGCGGUUAGAGGUUGAGUUUGGCAUGGUUUGGAAGUUUUAUUUGGAUGAGGAGUUUGGGGAUUAGGUUUGGAUGUGGAGUUGGAUGGAAGUUGCAUGUGGAGCUGGAUUGGAGUUGGAUGAGGAGUUGGAUGGGGAGUUGGAUAGGGAAAUCCAUUGGGUUGGGUUGGAUUUAUUUUAUAUG